AUGGACGUUGAGAGCUCCACGGCGCAUGAGGUCUCCGUCGACUGGCGGGGCCGCCCGUGCGAGCCGGGCCGGCACGGCGGCAUGCGCGCAGCCGUCUUCGUCCUAGGGAUCCAGGCGUUCGAGAUCAUGGCGAUCGCGGCGGUGGGGAACAACCUCAUCACGUACGUGUUCGGGGAGAUGCACUUCCCGCUGUCGGAGGCGGCCAACGUAGUGACCAACUUCGUGGGCACCAUCUUCCUCCUCUCCCUCCUCGGCGGCUUCCUCUCCGACUCCUACCUCGGCUGCUUCUGGACCAUGCUCACCUUCGGCUUCGUCGAGCUCUCGGGCUUCAUACUACUGUCAGUGCAAGCACACCUUCCGCAGCUGAAGCCGCCGCCGUGCAACAUGGCGUCCAUGGACGGCAGCUGCGAGCAGGCCAGGGGCUUCAAGUCCAGCAUCUUCUUCGUCGCGCUCUACCUGGUGGCGCUCGGCAGCGGCUGCCUCAAGCCCAACAUGAUCGCGCACGGCGGCGACCAGUUCUCCAGCUCCGGCGGGUCCGACAAUGCCAAGAGCCUCUCCACCUACUUCAACUCCGCCUACUUCAGCUUCUGCCUCGGCGAGCUCGUCGCCCUCACGGCGCUCGUCUGGGUGCAGACGCACUCCGGGAUGGACGUCGGCUUCGGCAUCUCCGCCGCCGCCAUGGCCGCCGGGCUCAUCAGCCUCGCCGGCAGCUUCCGCCACGGCAACAAGUUCAGGUUCUUAGACAAGGCGUGCGUCAGGGACGCGGAGCAGGGGGGCAACACGAAGCCGGAGAGCCCGUGGCGGCUGUGCACGGUGUCGGAGGUGCAGCAGGCCAAGACCCUCCUCGCCGUGACGCCCAUCUUCGCCUGCACCAUCGUGUUCAACACCGUGCUCGCGCAGCUGCAGACCUUCUCGGUGCAGCAGGGCAGCGCCAUGGACACCGUCCUCGGGGGCGCCUUCCGCGUCCCGCCGGCGUCGCUGCAGGCCAUCCCCUACGCCAUGCUCCUCCUGCUCGUCCCGGCGUACGAGCUCCUGCUCGUGCCCUUCAUGAAGCGGCUCACGGGGACGCGCUCCGGGAUCACCCCGCUGCAGCGCAUCGGGGUCGGCCUCGGCACCGUCGCCUUCUCCAUGGUCGCCGCCGCCACCGUCGAGCGCCGGCGCCGCGACCUGUCGGCGUCCGGGGCGCGGAUGUCCGUGCUGUGGAUCGUGCCGCAGUUCCUCGUGUUCGGGGUGUCGGAGAUGUUCACCGCCGUGGGGCUCAUCGAGUUCUUCUACAAGCAGGCCUGCGCCGGCAUGCAGUCCUUCCUCACCGCGCUCACCUACUGCUCCUACGCCUUCGGCUUCUACCUCAGCUCCGUGCUGGUGACGACGGUGAACAGGGUCACGGCGAGGCACGGCGGCGCCGGCUGGCUCGGCGACAACGACCUCAACAAGGACAGGCUGGACCUCUUCUACUGGAUGCUGGCUGCGCUCAGCGUGCUCAACUUCUUCUGCUACCUGGUAUGUGCAAGGUGGUACAACUCUGGUGCCGAUGGCUCUGAUGCUGCCUCAGCUCAGAUUGCAGCAGAGGGUGAUGCCAAGGAGAUCAGCUGA